CUGUAGAGUCCAGUGAGGCAGUGCCCCUUGCAGGCAAAUUCAGCCAGAGACUGAUUCUGAGCAGCAGUUCUGACUGUCACCAACCCGCCAUGCCUGUUCCGCUGCUCCCGAUGCUGGUGAGGACACUGCUGGCCCGUCUGCUGCUGCCUGCCGCCCGCCUGGCCCGCCAGCACCUCCUGCCCUUGCUGCGCAGACUGGCUCAACGCCUGGGCUCCCACGACAUGCGAGAGGCUUUGCUGGGCUGUCUAUUGUUCGUCCUCAGCCAGAGACACCCUCCAGAUGCUGAGGAGGCCUCUAGAGUGGCGCGCCCGGAGAGGAGGGGGAGACUAAGCCCCCAAAAAUGAGGCCACAAGUCCUAGUAGCGGCCAUAUCCAUUGACACGCUUUCUUUCGGAGUAGCACAGUCCUGGCACCAUUACUGACCACAGCCCACCCAGUGGGCAGAAGACAUGGUGGGGAGAUGAGCAGGAGAGGGGUCUGACCAGGACAUGCCUCCCUACUCCCAGCAAAAAUGACUGGAUGGAUGUCAUGCCUCUAGCAGAAAACUGCUCAUUACCCCUCCCUCCCUCCCUGUGUAACUUUCCUGAUCCCCUCUGAUCUCAAGGGAGAAAGAUACGACUCUCCCCUUUCUCCUCCAGGAAAAUGGGGACAUGAGGUCCAGCGAGGGACAAUAUUUAACCCGUGGACAACUGACACUCUAGCAGAGAGGGACAAGACUAAUUCAGACUGUCUUCCAAACUAAGGGUUUAAUUUAAAAUAGUAAGACCUUGGAUCCUGGGGAGGCAGUCCUGCCCCUAGGCCAGCAUG